ACUAUAAAUUGGAGCUUGCGCCAUUCUCCCUUCAUCACCUUCUUCUUCAUUUCCUCAAUUCUCACUCCACUUUGAUGGUCGUUUCAUUUUUCUUCAUUUCUCUUUUCAGUUAGUUUUAUUUCUAGUUUUCUCGCAGUUUCCACCAAUUUCUGGGAGAAGAAAUGGCGGCUAACGGGAACGGACGCGUGCCCACGGCUCCCAGCGCCGGCGGAGUAGGGCGGAACGGGUUGGCGAAGAUUCAGACGAAUAAAAGAGCGGAGGGUGUUUGUCACGACGACAGUACGCCGCCGGUGAAGGCUCAGACGAUUGACGAGCUCCAUUCUCUGCAGAUGAAGAAGUCGGCGCCGACCACUCCCAUCGAUGGGAUGAAAGGCCCCUUUGCGGCGUUCUCUGAGGACGAACGCAGCAAGCAGCAACUUCAGUCCAUCAGUGCUUCACUGGCAUCCUUGACAAGAGAGACUGGACCUAAGGUGGUGAAAGGGGACCCGGCGAGGCAGUCGGAGACCCCUCGAGUAUCGCACGUCAGCCACGAAAUCACCCCCACCAUUAGUGUCAGUGACAGUUCUUUGAAGUUCACUCAUAUCCUCUACAACCUCUCACCUGCCGAGCUUUAUGAGCAGGCCAUAAAGUACGAAAAAGGGUCUUUCAUUACAUCUAGCGGUGCAUUGGCAACCCUUUCAGGGGCGAAGACUGGGCGUUCUCCAAAGGACAAACGUGUCGUAAGAGAUGAGACCACUGAGCAUGAUCUUUGGUGGGGAAAGGGCUCGCCAAACAUCGAAAUGGACGAGCACACCUUCAUGGUUAACAGAGAAAGGGCAGUGGAUUACUUGAAUUCCUUGGAUAAGGUCUUUGUCAAUGAUCAAUUCCUGAACUGGGAUCCAGAGAACCGUAUCAAAGUCAGGAUAGUUUCAGCCAGGGCUUACCAUUCCUUGUUCAUGCAUAACAUGUGUAUCCGACCCACUCCUGAAGAGCUGGAGAAUUUUGGUACUCCGGACUUCACUAUAUACAAUGCUGGACAGUUCCCAUGUAAUCGUUACACACACUACAUGACAUCUUCUACUAGCAUAGAUUUAAACCUUGCUAGAAGGGAAAUGGUCAUCCUCGGCACUCAGUACGCCGGGGAGAUGAAGAAAGGCCUUUUCAGUGUUAUGCACUAUCUCAUGCCUAAGCGUCAAAUCCUGUCCCUCCAUUCUGGCUGCAAUAUGGGCAAAGAUGGAGAUGUUGCUCUCUUCUUUGGCUUGUCAGGUACGGGAAAAACUACUUUGUCUACUGAUCACAAUCGGUACCUAAUUGGAGACGAUGAACAUUGCUGGGGUGAUAAUGGUGUGUCGAACAUUGAAGGAGGCUGCUAUGCCAAGUGUAUCGAUCUUUCAAGGGAGAAGGAGCCUGAUAUUUGGAACGCCAUCAAGUUUGGGACAGUUUUGGAGAAUGUGGUGUUUGACGAGCAUACUAGAGAAGUGGAUUACUCUGACAAAUCCGUUACAGAGAAUACUCGAGCUGCCUAUCCCAUUGAGUACAUCCCAAAUGCUAAAAUUCCAUGUGUUGCCCCACACCCCAAGAAUGUCGUACUCUUGGCAUGUGAUGCAUUCGGCGUGCUCCCUCCAGUGAGCAAGCUAAGUCUGGCACAGACAAUGUACCAUUUCAUCAGCGGCUACACUGCCCUGGUGGCUGGGACUGAAGACGGAAUUAAGGAGCCACAAGCAACAUUCUCGGCUUGCUUUGGAGCUGCCUUUAUAAUGAUGCAUCCUACCAAAUAUGCAGCCAUGUUAGCUGCAAAGAUGGAGAAGCAUGGUGCAACAGGGUGGCUCGUUAACACUGGCUGGUCUGGUGGAAGAUAUGGUUCUGGGAGUCGUAUCAAACUAGCAUACACUCGAAAAAUCAUUGAUGCAAUACACUCCGGCAGCCUGUUGAAGGCUAAUUACAAGAAGACUGAGGUGUUUGGACUCGAGAUCCCAACCGAGGUUGAGGGUGUGCCUUCGGAGAUCUUGGAACCUAUGAAUACCUGGUCUGAUAAGAAGGCCUACAAGGAGACACUGCUGAAACUGGCUGGCCUGUUCAAGACAAACUUUGAAGGGUUUGUGGCUCACAAGAUCGGGAAGGAUGACAAGUUGACUGAUGAAAUUCUUGCUGCUGGUCCUGUUCUCUGAUCAGCCCCAGGAUGAGAAGAACCGAAUAUCUGCACGAGUUGGAACUGAACCCAUGAAAACUAUUUUAUAUUUACGCAUAUAUAGGUGUUAUCAAUUAUAUCUUUCUGUUUUAUGUAAUUCUUCCAGUUAAUUUUAAAGAAAGAAAGAGCAGAUAUUUGGUUCAUCGCAAGA